AGAAAUGCCACCAGUUAAAGAUAUAAAUGGAAUUAAUGACGGAAAGCCAACUGCAAAUAUGUUUGAAAAGGACUCUCGUAGUGACGCGCCUAUUCCUGAAAUGCCAACAACUGAAGGAAUUGAGUAUCCUCGAGCAGCGUCUUGGAGUUCUUCAACAGUUGCAGAAAUUAUGAGAGAUCAAAUUGGUCGUCAAGUUUUCCGUUGUUUUUUACAUGAAUCCCUUGCAGAAGAAAAUUUGCUUUUUGUUGAAGAAGUUGAAAAAAUGAAGAGAGAAAAACAACCAGAAAAAAUUCGUCAAGGAAUAAAAAUGUUGUUGGAUAAAUAUGGGCAAUAUAUUAAUUUAAGCAGUGUUGCUAUGAGUAAAUUGAGAGAAGCAACAAAAUCAGAAGUGCCAGAUCCUAAGGCGUUGGAAUGCGCCCACAAGGAAAUAUACAAAUUACUCGAAAAUGACCAAUUUCCACGCUUUCGACGUUCAAAAUUGUACCUUGAAUUUCUUGAGCAAUUAUUGCCUCGUUCAUAUGCUGAACGUUGGAUGACUUCAUUUGAUGCUCUUUUAGGCAAUCAAGUUGGUAGACAUCACUUUCGACAAUUUCUUUUUAAUGUUCACGCUGAAGAAAAUUUACGUUUCUGGGAAUCUGUGAUUGAAUUUCGACAAUUAAAAAAUAAAUCCAUCGCCAUGUUAAAUAUGAGCAGAACAAUUCAACAACAAUUUCUACGUGAGGGAGCUCACAAUGAGGUUUUUCUCCCGUUUGGUUUACGCCAACGUGUUGAGAAGAAAAUACGAGAGAAAAAUGUCGAUGACACAGUUUUUGAUGAAGCUGUUAAACACGUCGAACAAAUUCUUAAAAAUGAUCCUUAUGUUAGAUUUAUUAAUUCAAAGGAAUAUAAUGAUCUUUUGGCAAAAUUACACUAA